UCUCUGGGAAAGAACGAUCGGGCAUGGCGGGGAAAUGGGACUGCCAUGUUCUUGCUGCUGGUUGCCUGAAGCAGAGCCAUGGACCUAUAUCCCGCUCCCUAAACACCCUCACCCGCCCCUGCAGCCCGGGCGGGAGUUGCUUCUCUGGUGGCUCCCAGCCCCAAGAACUGACCUCAAACAAGUACGUGCCACACCCAUCUGAAUUGAAGCUCCUCUCUCAGUUACAACAACAUGGAACCUUCUCCGCUGAUCCUUACGCACUCAACAGAAUCAUAUCCUCUUGUGCAAAGUCUGCAUCUUUACGCAUGGGUACUCAGGUCCAUCCCUUUGUUCUCAAAUUGGGUCUCAGCUCAAAUGUGUAUAUCUCGAGCGCCCUUGUUGCUAUGUAUGGGAAAUGCGGUAGAAUAUGGGAUGCCCAUGACCUGUUCAACGAAAUGCCCUUUAGAAACGUUGUGACCUGGAACUCUUUGAUCUCAGGCUAUAUAGACUCUGGGAGCCCAGGCACUGGCAUAGAUUUAUUCAUGCAAAUGCUUAGAUUUGGAGUGAGCCCUACGCCUUUCAGUGUUUCAACCGUCUUGAUGGGCUCGGCACAGUUGAAAGCUAAAGCUCUUGGAUGUCAACUCCACGGGUUGAGUUAUAAACUUGGGAUCUGCUGCAACAUUGUUAUAGGAACCGGUCUAAUUGAUAUGUACUCCAAAUGUUCGAUUUUAGAUGACGCAAGGAGGGUGUUUGAUUGGAUGCUGGAUAAGAAUGUGAUUACCUGGACCUCUAUGGUCACUGGACACGCCCAGAAUGAGCAGCCUCAAGAGGCAAUGCUAUUAGCAAGGGAAAUGCUGCAGUUGGGUCUGCGGCCAAAUUAUGUAACUUACAGUAGUUUGUUAAGCUCAUUUAGCAGCCAGGAUUAUUUAAAUUACUGCGAGCAAAUUCAUUCUCGGGUGAUUCGGGAAGGUUACGAAUCCAACCCAUUUAUUGCAGUAACCCUUGUAACAGUCUAUUCUGAAUGUAGCAGUAGCUUAGGGGACUUCUGGAAAGUGUGCGCGGGCAUAAAAAGGUGGGACCAGAUCGCGUGGAAUGCUAUUAUAGCUGGAUAUGCUAAUCUAGGACAAGGGAAAGAAGCUCUGAGUUGUUUCGCCGAAAUGAGGAAGGCUGGAGUUGAAUUAGACUUCUUCACCUUCGUGAGUGCUCUAAAGGGUGCACGCAUCUGCUCUGCGCUCAAAGAAGGGAAGCAACUUCAUGGACUCAUUUUUAAGAUGGGGUGCGCCUCUUUGCUGCGAAUCCAAAAUGGACUCGUUUCUAUGUAUGCAGGCUGUGGCAUGAUUGGAGAUGCUAAGAAGGUCUUCUCAUCAAUAAAAGAGCAUGAUGUGGUUUCAUGGAAUACGUUACUGUCAGGUUGUGCUCAUCACGGGCUUGAAAAUGAAGCUGCUGAUGUGUUUGACCAGCUGAGGAGGAUGAACAUCAAGCCCGACGGCACUACCUUCCUCGCAGUUCUGACUGCUUGCAGUCAUGUGGGUUUGGUGGAAAAGGGAGUCGAAUACUUUGAAAUGAUGAGGAAUGAGUAUUCCAUCGAGCCACAAGUGGAGCACUAUGCGACUGCUGUGGAUCUUCUUGGCCGGGCGGGGAAUCUCCACGAAGCAGAGGCUUUGAUCGAUAAAAUGCCAAUGGAACCAGGUCCCUCAGUCUAUAAAGCUCUGCUGAGCUCUUGCCAGAUUCAUGGAGAUAGGGAAACUGCGGAGCGAACAGCUAAGAAGCUUCUUGAUAGGUAUCCCGAUGACCCAGCCACUUACAUUCUGCUAUCCAAUGUGUUGGAGAUGGGGCAAAACUGGGUCGAUGCAGCUGAAACGCGGUUACUUAUGUGUGAUAGAGGGAUUAGGAAGAGUCCAGGUUGUAGUACAAUUUGAUUUUAAGUGACAGAAAUGCUCUAACAUGCUUGUAACUAUGAAAAUUGUGGUUAGUCACGGAGUUAACUCACAUUAUUCAGAGCAGUAUCGUUCACGAUUAACGGUUGCUCAACAAAACCAGUUUUCUGUUAUCUUGAUCUUGGACAUGUAAUACGUACAGACGUACAUUUAAUAUUAUUCAUAUAACAAUUUUCUUC